CCGCGCUCUUGUGAAGUCACGUGAUAAAGUUGUAUCGUCUUCAUGAUUGCUAUUUGAAAAUCUUGUGAUGUUUCGCCCAAGGAGCCACUUUUUGUGGAUUUUCCGGUAGAACACAGUUUUCUCUACAACAAAGCUGGUACGGGUAGCCCUAUCCCGAAAUUUCGAAACGACAGGAAUUACCCAAAUAACAUUUGAAAAUACCAAAAUGGCUGUGACCUGAAACUUAUAGCAGUGACCGGGAAUUAGAGGCAACCGGGAAUUAGAGAUGACCAGGAAUGAGAGACGACCGGGAAUUAAAGACGACUGGGAAUGACUGGGAAUUAGAGACGACCGGGAAUUAGAGACGACUGGGAAUCGUAUUCACUGUUCCUUGUGUAUCAAUAAAGAGUGGACUGAUGGAGCAAAGAUAGAGUUUAUGUGGUUAUGACCCAGACCGCCCACAUCAUGGACACAGCAAGCUCCCAAUACAUCACAGCAAGCUCCCCAUACGGAGUAAAUCAGUGUUCUAAGUGUCCGGGGGACACAGCGUACUAUUGUGUAUCGUGUCCAUGUGAUCUGUGUCCCCAGUGUAAAGAGAACCAUGUAAAAGAUCUCCAAACAAUAGACCAUAAUGUUGUGUCACACCGUGAUAAAAUCAACUACAUCCCAACACAAGAGGUCUGUGUGAGACAUCCUCGCCAUGUUUAUACAAAGUACUGUGAACCUUGUCAAGUUCCUGCCUGUAAUAAUUGCCAAACACAUAGAAAACACACUCAGAUAGAUGUUACAACAGCCUAUAAAACAAAGCGACAACAACACAGAGGAACCAUUCACACCAUCAGAAGUGAGGCUCUCUUUUACAGACCUGUUCUCCUGCCACGAAUCAAAACUGAUUUCAAAACAUGUUACACAGAAUUCUCCCUCCUUCAAUCAGAGAUGUUAACAAAGGCCCAGAACCUGAAGGAACUCAUUGACUAUGUGGUAUAUGAUCUAUUGAACAAUGUGUUAUGUUACUUUGAUUUCAAACACAGAUGUAAAAAACAAAAGAUAAAAAUGAUCAGACAUAUUGUCAGACUAAGGAGAUAUGAACACAGAUAUGUACAGCCAGCAUUCACAUUCAGUGCGCUACAAUUCCUCUCCUUCACAAAGACAGCCCUCCCCCAGAUACAUCUUACACUCCACACCAGCCAGCUCUCCAUGACUGAGUCACUCAACAAGGAGGAUGUGAUGGAGUCACUGAGUGCAAUCCAAAUCACAGAGAGAGGAAACCGACGCGUAGGAAACCAGUGUCUGCUGAAACUGACGUCUGGUGCUGAGCUCCAUCAAUCUCUCACAGUGACAGGUGUUGAUCGUUGUUAUCACAUUUCCUGUGUGACAUCAGACCGGGUCUGGGUCAGUGAUCUAAACAAUCUCAUGUUGACAGACACAACAGGUGUCCCUCUACAUCGUGUGGAGGAUUCAUGUAGUGGUUUUGGAAUACACACAGUGAACAGUGAGAGUGAACUGAUUUAUAUAGAUAGGAAUUAUAACAUCAACAAACUGUCAAAGGAUAUGAAAACAACCACCACAUUUAUAGAGAGAACAGACUCUACAUGGGGACCAGGGUGUGUGUACUGGUCCCCGUCCACUCGGGAUCUACUGGUCGGGAUGUAUAACUAUGAUACAAAGACAGGCAAGGUAACCCGGUACAACCAGAGUGGACAACUCACACAAACCAUACAGUACCACAACACAGGACGGGGACUGUAUAGUAUACCUAUCUAUAUAACAGAGAACAACAAUGGGGAUGUCGUGGUGUCUGACUGUGUUGGUUUGUCUGAUGCUGUAGUGGUGACAGAGCGUGGAGGAAGACAUCGUUUCUCCUACACAGGACAUCCAUCAGGAUCACGACUAGAGCCAUUAGGAAUCUGUACUGACGCGCUGUCACACAUCCUGGUGUGUGAUGAUAAAACCAAAACAGUACAGAUGAUAAAUAAGGACGGUCAGUUCCUGUCACAUCUACUGACAGAAUCACAAGAGAUGGGUGAACCACGGGGCCUGAGUUAUGAUGUCAACACUCACCGUCUCUGGGUCGGAUCAUGGAACAACAACAAGGUGUGUGUCUACAGGUAUAUCACCAGACAGGACGCUCUGACAGAUGAACACAGACCGCGUCCUGAUGGAGACACCCGAUACAGGACACCUCAUCACAACACAACUCAUCAACUAAACGAAAAUGAACACACACCCCGUCCUGAUGGGGACCCCAUGUCCAGCUCAACACCAGCCGUAUAAUGGAGAUAGCUGGGAUAUUGACAGACAAGCUGCUUUUUCAAACUCCUUGAGGUGGAGACAGUACAGAACCUGCUCAGAUAAUCCAUAAUUCUGAUUGUCACUGAUAUCGACACAAAUUGUAUAAAAAUAGUUUGUUGUAAAAAUAAGGCGUCAUCAAUGGACUCCGUUUCUGUGUACAUAAAUAAUGCGUCCGUUUCUGUGUACGGGAACUUUACAUAAAGAAAGCGUCAUCAAUGAACUCGUUCUGUGUACAUGAUCUCUAGAGAUAUAUCGCGUCAUCAAUGGACUCUGCUUUCUGUGAACAUGAACUCUAGAGAUAUAUCGCGUCAUCAAUGGACUCUGCUUUCUGUGAACAUGAACUCUAGAGAUAUAUCGCGUCAUCAAUGGACUCUGCUUUCUGUGAACAUGAACUCUAGAGAUAUAUCGCGUCAUCAAUGGACUCUGUGUUCUGUGUACGUAAACUCUAGAGAUAUACCGAGUCAUCAAUGGACUCUGUGUUCUGUGUACGUAAACUCUUGAGAUAUACCGCGUCAUCAAUUGACUCUGCGAUCUGUGUACGUAAACUCUAGAGUUAUAUUGCAUCAUCAAUGGACUCUGCGUUCUGUGUACGUAAACUCUAGAGAUAUAUUGCAUCAUCAAUGGACUCUGCGUUCCGUGUACGUAAACUCUAGAGUUAAAUCGCGUCAUCAAUGGACUCUGCAUUCUCCAACGUGAACUCUACAGUAAUUGUUAUUGAUUUGCUAAGUUUACAGUAUGUGUAUGUUUUAUAUGAUAUGCUCCUGAAAUAUUGUCGCUUAGAAUGGUGGCUAAUGUGUGCUGAUUCAUUUUUUCAGUUUUGAUUUGCAGACAAGAAAUUGAUUAAACACAUUUAAAGGGGAAUAACUCAAAUUUGUAUUCUUUUAUUUGAAAUGAAAAAGCAGUUAUCCCCCUUCUAGUAAUGUUUUCUAGAAUUAUCUGUAUUUUAUGUUGUUGAUCCCUGACAUUUUUUUUUGUAGGAGAGUUUAUUGAAUAUCAGUCAAUGUUUUAUUACAAAAUGCCAUGAUAAGUGUAAUUGGGGAUUUGGGAGAAGGGGGAUUCAAAGUGGACCAUACCCAAAGGUUGUUUUUAUAAAGUUUGAACAAAAACAAUGGCAACGUGUAAAUAGCUGACUUUAAUGUGUAUUAUAUAUUGUACGGCUGAACCAUGUCUUAGAUAUCCUAAACCCUUUAAUACCUGCAAUGUUAUGACAAGUUACAUUAUUAUAUAGUGGGAUAAGGCAAAUGUUAUGUAGAACAUGCUGUUAACACUCUGAUACAACUGUUUGUAUGGGGUUUAUGAUGCAUUUUGUAAAAAUAUACCUAGGUAUAUGUAUAUUAUUGGUGGAUUUAGCACAUUUCUCCGACAUAAAAACUGAGUUAUAAUGAUCAGGUAGAUAGAAAAUUCAUGUUUAUGUAAAUAGUUUUUGAGGAAUAUUUUGACCGACUUUAAGGUGGUAUGGGACACUUCCAUGUUGUGACGUAUUGUUUAUCAAAAUAAACAAUAAAAUGAAUUAUAAUUAUAUAAGUUGUUUCUUUCCCAAUAUUGUCAACUAACAGCAUAGCGCAGUGGGUUAGAUCUGUAAGUCAUGAGUUCGAAUCCCGCUCGGGGUUUUACAAUUUUUACCUCUCCAAAUAUUUUUAUGUGUUUUUGGGGGGGUUAAAUAUUGUAAAAUUUGAAAAUUCUACACUGGUGAAAGUAUUUCAAUUAUAAUGUACCUUAAUCUACAUUAAUAUCGACAGAUGUCCCAUACCACCUUAAGCAGAAUGGUGGAUUUAGCACAUUUCUCUCAUAUAAAAAACUUGGCUUUGUUGAAUAGAUAGAUAAACAACUUGUGUUUCUGUUUAAUAUUUCAUAUAUAUUUAAAUAGUUUUAAAGGAAUAUUGUGCUUAUGUUCAAGUGCUAAUAUUCAUAUUUUGAGACAUUUACAGUGUUUGUUUAAUGUUUAUGCAUACCAUUAAUUACAUAAUUCAUAUACAAAUGAUUUUUUGGGGAGUAUUAUCAAGCUGUAGAUAAAACUCAAUAAAAGGGACAUUUCUUUAUA